GUAGAAAAUGUCUAUAGAAAUUGUACAAAAAAGUCUAUUCAACAUUAUUGAAGCCGUUGCCGACGCCGUUACUGCUUCGCAAGCCACAAAAAGAUGUCGACUUGUUGCUGUCAGUAAAACAAAGUCUGCUGAUUUAAUAGAGGCAUGUUAUUCUCAAAAUCAGCGUCAUUUUGGAGAGAAUUACGUCCAAGAACUUGAAGAAAAAUCUGAUGUUUUGGCGUCAAAAUGUUUAGAUAUUCGUUGGCAUUUUAUCGGACAAGUGCAAUCAAAUAAAAUUGGAAAAAUUUGCAAUUCUCCUGGACUUUGGUGUGUUGAAACAGUGGAGACUGAGAAACAUGCUCGGAUUUUCGACAAGGAAUGGUCAAAACACGGAGCCAAUUUGUCACCACUACGAGUUCUCGUGCAAGUAAAUACAUCCGGAGAAGAUAAUAAAGGAGGAAUCGAGAUUGGAGAAGCACCGAAACUUGCGGAAUUCAUUCGAAAAGAAUGCCAAAACUUGAAAUUUGAUGGAUUCAUGACUAUCGGAUCGUUUGACAACAGCCACGCAAGCGGAGAAAAUCCGGAUUUCGAGAAGCUCUUCAAAGUCCGACAAACAUGGGCAGAACAAACAGGUGAAUCUGCGGAUUCAGUAGAACUCUCAAUGGGAAUGUCCGAUGAUUUCCUUCAAGCAAUUCAUCAAGGUGCAACAAGUGUUCGAGUGGGAAGCAAGCUGUUCGGAGCCAGAGAAUACAAAAAUAAAUAGAUUUACAUUCCAUUUUUUAGUUUGUUAUUUUUUUAGUAUUUAAAGAAAAUUCACUAUUC